GCCUCCUGUGUGUAAGAUGGCGGCGGCGCUCUCCGUCUCUCCCUCUCCUGCGCUCCGGGUGUAUAAUUCUGCCUAGUGUUUACCUUGCAUUACAUUCAGUGUGAAUGCCUGUGUAGGCAACUGAAUGGAGGCUAUCUGAUGGUUUGCAUUUUUGUGACUUUACAGAAGGUUGGGAUUUUAUAAAUUGGACACUUCAGUUUCCUAUUUACAAAAGCCUAUUUUGUACAAUCCAGCAUUUAUUUUCGCCCUCUUACUCUUUCUGAGAGCAGAAAUAGACCUGGUUGAGAGAGAGGGGGAUUGGCUUCGAUUUGGAAAACGUCAAUGCUAUGGUGAACUGCUUCUUUAUUCCGAGAAAUCUUUUUUUGUUAUGUGUAGAACUGAUUCAACACAGAGAUAAGGGGUAACGCUCUGUGGAUACUGGGAGUCAUCAGCCAUGGUAAAACUGGCAAAUCCGUUGUACACCGAGUGGAUUCUGGAGGCAAUCCAAAAAGUGAAAAAGCAGAAACAGAGACCCUCGGAGGAAAGGAUUUGCCAUGCUGUCGCCUCAUCCCAUGGAUUAGACAGAAAAACUGUCCUGGAACAACUGGAACUGAGUGUCAAAGAUGGGACAAUCUUAAAGGUUACAAAUAAGGGACUUAAUUCUUACAAGGAUCCGGACAAUCCAGGACGGAUUGUACUCCCCAAACCUCGGAAUCAGUCCAAGUCAGAUACUAAACACAGUGUCGAUUGGAAUAAACUUCUCAAAAGGGCAAUAGAGGGCUUGUCAGAGCCCAAUGGAUCAUCGUUGAAGAAUAUUGAACGGUUUCUGAAGGCUCAGAAGGACGUGAUAGCAGUUUUUGGAGCUGGUGCCUCCUCGGCCCUCCACCAGCAGCUGAGGCUGUCCCUGAAACGUGCCAUAAGCCAUGGCAGAAUCGUCAAGGAUGGGCCCCUGUAUCGGCUCUUGCGUGGUAAAUCGGGCGGUGAUGGCAAGCAGGGCCACGACUCGAUCUCCUGCCUUCCACCUGUCAGCCUCCUGACUCAUGAAAAGGAUAAGCCCCGUGCAGAGCCAAUUCCAAUCUGUGGAUUUUGUCUUGGAACAAAAGAGCAGAACCGAGAAAAGAAACGUGAGGAGCUCAUUUCCUGUGCAGACUGUGGUAAUAGUGGUCACCCGUCCUGUUUGAAAUUCUCUUCGGAACUAACAGCUCGUGUGAAGGCCUUACGAUGGCAGUGUAUUGAGUGCAAGACAUGCAGCACCUGUCGGGACCAGGGGAAAAAUGCUGAUAACAUGUUGUUCUGUGACUCCUGUGAUCGAGGUUUUCACAUGGAGUGUUGCGAUCCACCUCUCACCAGGAUGCCCAAAGGCAUGUGGGUGUGUCAGAUUUGUCGGCCACGGAAAAAGGGAAGAAAACUGUUACACAAGAAAGCGGUACAGAUUAAACGGCGCUAUGCAACUGCAAUAGGGCACUCGAAAAAUAGAUUAAAGAAAACAACAGUAUCGAAAGGUUCUCAGUCAUUCGACAAAGAGAGACAAGGUCCAGGUCGAGGACGCAAACGCAAAAUCACAGCAAUCCCUUCGUCUAAGUCGGGUCGGUUGGAUGGACUGAGUGCUUUGAACUCGCGAACCAGCAAAUCUUCCCGCCUGAAAAUGAAUAAGAAAACCAAAGGGCUCAUUGAUGGCCUUAGCAAAUUCUUCACCCCUUCGCCUGAUGGCCGCAAGCCACGGGGUGAACUCCUGGACUUAGCUGAGCAAUACAGGCUCAAGAAAAAGGGGCCACGAAAAUCAAGCACUUCUGACAGCGGCACAUGGCCCACAGACAAUCAGGGCCUGUGGGGCUGCAAACAUGAAAAUGAGGAUGACCAAUCGCUGAGCAAAGACAUUGUGACGGAGAAAGACUUAGACUUAUUUCAGCAUGUUCAGGAAGUUGCACUGGAGAAAGUUGGAGUCACUGGCCCACCAGAUCCACAGCUCCGCUCACCUUCUGUUAUUGAAUUUGGAAAAUAUGAGAUCCAGACCUGGUAUUCCUCUCCAUAUCCCCAGGAAUAUACCAGGCUGCCGAAGUUAUACUUGUGUGAAUUUUGCCUCAAGUACAUGAAGAGCAAAAGUAUUUUGCAGCAACACAUGAAGAAAUGCAAUUGGUUUCACCCACCAGCAAACGAGAUUUACAGGAAAGACAACAUCUCCGUGUUUGAAGUGGAUGGGAACAUCAGCACCAUAUACUGUCAGAACCUUUGCCUACUGGCCAAGCUCUUCCUUGACCACAAGACCUUGUAUUAUGAUGUAGAGCCCUUCCUCUUCUAUGUACUGACUCAGAACGACAACAAGGGCUGUCAUCUCGUCGGCUACUUUUCCAAGGAGAAGCAUUGCCAGCAGAAAUACAAUGUGUCCUGUAUCAUGAUUCUUCCCCAGUACCAGAGGAAGGGAUAUGGAAGGUUUCUCAUCGACUUCAGUUAUUUGCUGUCGAAGCGGGAAGGCCAGGCUGGGUCCCCAGAGAAGCCACUGUCUGACCUGGGCCGGCUCUCGUAUAUGGCCUACUGGAAGAGUGUGAUCUUGGAGUGCCUUCACCACUGCCAUGACAAGCAACUUAGCAUCAAGAAGCUCAGCAAACUAACAGGGAUCUGUCCCCAGGAUAUCACCACAAUCCUCCAUCAUCUGAAGAUGUUACAGUUACGCAGUGACCGGUUUCUGGUCAUUCGUCGAGAAAAGCUGAUCCAGGAUCACAUGGCAAAGCUUAAAGCUAAUCCACGUCAGAUUGAAGUUGAUCCUGAGAGCUUACGAUGGACACCUUUAAUCUUUUCAAACACCGUAGUGUCAGAGGAAGAGGAAGAUGAAGAAGAGGAAGAAGAGACCCCGACAUUAAAGACUGAAAACACAAGCGAGUUGUGGGAUAAAAAGGAACCCAAUGGUUAUGCACCAGUCCAGAAUGGCAGGCAAAUGGUAUCGUGUGCAUCAAACUGCAAAACCCGGCAAGACAUCUCUGCGGAAGGCCUCGUGCCUAAUGGUGAGAACAAGAGGAAGCAUUUCAGUGAAAGCAGUGAGGAUGAGGAGGAAGACGGUGAGGAUGAAGAAGGUGAUGAGGCGAGGCCAAGUUCUCCACCUGUACUCACAAAACCAGCACUGCGGGGUGUGAAGAGGAAGCGAGUGGUAAUUCACCGGAAGAAACGUGGGCGAAAGCGCAAACAACACAACAGCAGCGUUGUUACAGAGACCAUCUCUGAGACGACCGAGGUGCUGGAUGAACCAUUUGACGAUUCUGACACAGAGCGGCCGAUGCCACACCUGGAGCCAACCUUCGAAUUGGAAGAGGAUGAGAGAAAUGACAAGGAGCAUCGGGGUGGUCGCAUCUUCAGGAGUUUGGAACCAGGUGGUGGAAUCCGAAAACGCACUUCCUCCAAGAGAAAGGCCACAGAAGAAGAUGGUGAUGCCAAUGAAGUUCAAGGAGAGAAUGCGCUUGAAUCCUUUGCCUCUGUGAGGAAAGAUAAAGUCAAAGAGCCUUCCGUACCCAAAUCCCCACCCGUGGUGUUGAAGCGCAAGAGAGGGUGGCCAAAAGGUGUGAAGCGGGGGACAAUCAAAUGGAAGAAAAAGCCAGGCCGUAAGCCAGGAUUUAAGCUUGCCCGAUCAAAUGCGGCAGUGGAGAACGCAAGUACCCCAUCGACCAGUGCUGUUCUGAAGCAAGGCCGUCCAAACCGUAGUGAGGAGAGGCGGAAUUCGGCCGUGGAACCGAAAGUUGCGGAUCUGCCCGUGGCUUACAAGAAAGAGGAUGAAGAGGGAGAAGAGGAUGAGGAAGAGCUGGAGGAAGAAGUGCCAUGCGACGUGCAGAGGAUGCCUCACGAUUCCCACAGUCCGGCACCUAAAGUCGAGGAACGGGAGGCUGACCACGAGAAUGAGGAGAAAUCUGAAUCUGUGGAGCAGGAGGGGCACACUGACGAGGAACAUGAGCAGGAAGAGGAGGAGGAGGAAGAGCUCAACCAGAAUGAUGACCAUGAUGCCGACGAUGAAGAUGAAGGACAUUUGGACCCUGAAGACAAGAAAGUAGAGGAAAGUGUAAAAGUGAACAUGAAAGAAGAAUCUCCAAUCCAAGAACGUUUUUUAGAGACAAGCUCACUAGAUAAAAAUAUUGAGUGUGAAAAUGUGAUGGAUGCAGAUUCUGAAGAAGAGCAAGCAAAUGACACGUCACUGGACUCUGAGCUUGUGCCACCUUCAGAUGAAGAUCGUGUCGAUGAUCAAGACAAUAAAGAGACAUUAAUCCCAGAGUUCAAAGAGGAGGAGGAAGAGGAGGAGGACGAGGAGGAAGAGGAGGAGGAGGAGGAGGACAUAUCGCACAGUGAACUCGAUCUCGAAACAGUGCAGGCUGUUCAGUCGUUGACACAGGAGACGAACGGCGAGCAGGACGGCGCUUACCAGGACUGUGCCGAGACCCUGGAAGCCUGCCAGAACCUGCAGAGUUACAACCAAGCUGAAGAAAGCCCGCAGAUUACCAUGGUGGAGGACUGUCAACAGUCGGGGCACAACAGCCCCAUCUCUUCAGUCCAGUCCCACCCCAGCCAGUCGGUCCGCUCAGUCAGCAGCCCAAGCAUGCCGACUCUGGAGAGCAGCUACACGCAGAUAAGUCCUGAGCAGGGCUCUCUUUCUGCUCCUUCUAUGCAGAACAUGGAGACCAGCCCGAUGAUGGAUGUGCCUUCUGUGUCUGACCAUUCACAGCAGGUGGUUGACAGUGGAUUCAGUGACCUGGGCAGCAUUGAGAGUACAACAGAAAAUUAUGAGAACCCCAGCAGCUACGACUCCACCAUGGGAGGCAGUAUAUGCGGGAAUAACACCUCUCAGACAAGCUGCUCGUACAGCGGUCUGUCUUCCUCCAGCAGCUUGACGCAAAACAGCUGCGUGGUGACCCAGCAGAUGACCAGCAUGAACAGCAGCUGCAGCAUGAUGCAGCAGAGCAGCGUGGCGCCCCCGGCCAACUGCAACAUGAAGUCGCCGCAGAGCUGCGCCAUCGAGAGGCCCCCGAGCAACAACCAGCCCCAGCCGCCACCCCAGCAGCCCCAGCAGCCACCCCCCCAGCCCCAGCCACCGCCCCAGCCACCCCAGCAGCAGCCGCCCCAGCAGCAGCAGCAGCCGCUGUCCCAAUGCAGCAUGAGCAACAGCUUCACGACGGCCCCCAUGACCCUGAUGGAGAUCCCCGAGUCCUCCAACGCCACCACCAUGAGCCUGUAUGACAGGAUGGGCCAGGGAGACUUCGGGGCCAGCGGCUACCCCCAGCCGUCGGCCAACUUCAGCCUUGCCCGGCUCCAGCAGCUCACCAACACCAUAAUGGACCAUCAUGCGAUGCCUUACAGCCACUCUGCUGCUGUGACCUCCUAUGCAACCAGCGUGUCUCUAUCGAACACAGGCCUGGCUCAGCUCGCCCCCACGCCCCACGCACUUGCAGGGACGCCCCAAGCACAAGCCACCAUGACGCCUCCUCCCAACCUCACCACCCCCUCCAUGAACCUGACCUCGCCCCUCCUGCAGUGCAACAUGCCGGCUUCCAACAUCGGGAUCCCUCACACUCAGAGGCUGCAGGGCCAGAUGCCGGCCAAAGGUCACAUCUCCAACCGGUCCAAGUCGGCGCCCCUGCCGGCCGCCACCGCCACUCACCAGCAGCAGAUCUACGGCCGCAACACCCCCGCGCUGGCACAGCGGGCCAUCACGGUGCAGCGGGGGAUGAACAUGGGCGUCAACCUGAUGCCCGCCCCCGCCUACAAUGUCAACUCCAUGAAUAUGAACCCACUGAACCCCAUGGGUAGCUACCGGAUGAGCCAGCCAAUGAUGAACAGCAGUUACCACGGUAACGCGGCCUACAUGAACCAAACAGCCCAGUAUCCCAUGCAGAUGCAAAUGGGCAUGAUGGGAAGCCAGCCGUAUGGCCAGCAGCACAUGCAGUCUAAUUCCCAUGGCAACGUGAUGUACACAGGUCCCUCUCACCACAGUUAUAUGAACACUGGCAUGUCCAAGCAAUCACUAAAUAGCCCGUACAUGAGAAGAUGAGGGAAGAUCCUGUAGGCACCAUGAAGAGCCACUGUUUAUUACUGAUGACAGCAGAAAUAAUGGAAAUUUCGAAUAGACCGGUUGCUGUAGACAUAGGAAUUUCAUGAACUGCUUAGGGCCAUGUUCGGAGCACCUUGGCCUUAAUUUCCCAGCCCCGAGAGAGAAAAAAAAGGAAGAAAAAAAGAAAUUCUGCAACAGAAUUCAAUAAGAGAAAAAAAAAUGGUUUAAGGAACCAUGCACAAGAAAUCUUUUAAUUAAAAGAAGCCUUACUUAAUGAAUUGUAGAAAUGAAAAACUAUCUGCUUUUUAUAUUUUUAAUUUUUUUAAUCUUUCAGUUUGUGUGUGCAGUCCACAUUUUUAUAGAGUCCAUAGAUAUGUGAGCCCAGAGUGAGGACUGUCCAUGUCCCCAUUCAUUGACUUGGCACAGGGCAGGAGGCACUUAUCUCAUACUCUGCCUUGGUGAUAUUGUUGCAGGUGUGGCUGUAAUUUAUUGAUCUCACUGUAUCCCGUGCCAGUAGGUGAAACCGGAUCGCUUGUGCGCUUGUGGACUUCGGACCUUAAUGCUGAGGGCACCCUUUUCCCCGUUGGUAUUGAGUUUGACUCUAGCGCAGCAUGCAACAGGCCCAAGAGCAUUUUCACGUAUGUUAUAACUAUGUUUUAAACAUUGCUUCUUGUGUCACUGCAAGCCAUUUCACUCGUACGCCUUUAUUUUUUUAUGAGAAUUGACAGUAUUUGUUCUGGCACUUUCGAAGGACAGCCCAGGGUCCUGAAACAUUUGAGGCUUAAAACAUUUAAUUUCCACUUUAUUUUUCUUAAAUAAAUUUCUCAAUCAUGAGAAGCCUAAUUCAGAUUUGUCAGACUGUGUAUAUUUGGUUCCCUUUUAAGAGUAUUUAUCAGAUGCAAAAGACUGCUAUGUUUGCAACUAAGUUAAUUUUUUCCCCUCCCCCUCAUCUGCCCCACUCCCCCAUAAUCACAUGCAGUUUAAUUGCUUCCAAAUCAAGUUUCGAUUAGCUCACUAAGUGGCAAGAUUAGCUCAGGAGUCACUUAAUGAAGGAGAGGAGUGUCUUGUCUCUUGCUUGCUACCACUUGACACAGUUAAUGGUCCCCGGUAAUGAGUUCAGGACUCCUUGGGCUUCUUCCCAGUGGAGUCAAAGGGGAUGGGUUGUAAGAGUGGAAUUAAGAGGCGCGUAAACAUCGGCAUGAUAGUGUGAGGGAGGGCACAUUAAGAAAAUAAGCCCUGCCAUCCCAAAUCCCAGAGCUGUGGGCACUGAAAGGAAGAUCAUCAUCUAGCUGAGGACAUGUUGAAUGUGAGAAGGGGAAGAGGUGAGCGGUAAUAAAUGGUACUGAACUGUCGGAGAGAUUUACAGUCAGGAUAUCGCAAGGUUGGCCAAGCAACAGGCUCUCUGUUCUGAUGCCUACCACCAGGUAACCCAUGUUGGAUCAAGUGAUAGGAUACUGGAGGGGGGGGGAGGGGGGGAAUAGGAAGUGUUGCUGGAUUGCAGCUGGCAAUCCACCCCAGCCCAAAGAUGUACGUCAUCAGUGCAUUUUGCAGGUCCACAGCACGCAGUCCGUUCACCAAUCGCACCGUUCUCUCUGCCCACCGUCAAAGUAAUCUCAUGCUUAAAAAAAAGAAUGUGAUGUGAAAUCUUCCCACAGUGGUGGGCAAGAGUUUUAAAAACAUGCAUCUUUGGCACAAGCCACAUGUAUGUCCUGUGACCUAAUGUCACUUGAUGGCUUAUUUUUAUUCAUAGUGUGUCCCAUUGUUGGAAUUACGUCCAUUAAAACCACUCCACACUUCUGGGCUGGCCUUCAAGUGUGUUUGUUGGAAUACUGUUGA